AUGGAUGCGCCGGAGCCUGAUACGCCCUUUGCGGCGGUUUCCGCGCAAACGACCAAGUUUCAAAUGCUUUACCAAACGUACCUCGACAAAUCAACACCAUACGUCACUUACCGAUGGGUCGGCACAGGCGUGCUAUUUCUACUAUUUGCCUUGAGAAUCGUGUUGGCGCAGGGAUGGUAUAUCGUCGCCUACUCUCUCGGCAUCUACCUUCUCAACCUCUUCCUCGCUUUCAUCUCGCCCAAAUUCGACCCCUCGCUCGAAGCCGACACUGAUAUGGAAGACGGUGUCCCCGCCGGCCAAUCCUCGUCACUGCCCACCAAGAACGACCAAGAAUUCAAGCCCUUCGUCCGUCGUCUUCCCGAGUUCAAAUUCUGGCAUGCGGCGACGCGCGCGAUCGCGCUGGGUUUCGCAUGUAGCUGGAGCGAGAUCUUCAACCUGCCGGUCUUCUGGCCUGUGUUGGUGGUGUACUGGUUGAUCUUGGUAUUCUUGACGAUGAGGAGACAGAUUCAGAGCAUGAUCAAGUAUCGAUAUGUCCCAUGGGACUUUGGCAAGGCCAAGUACGACAACUCGCGAUGA